AGCUUGUCUCAAAACUUUGAUACCACCUCGUAAGACUGCAAAAUGGAGACACUCUCUUUAAGAGUGAAAUUGAGACACUGUCCCUUUAAGAGCGUGAAAUUGCGACACUGUCCCUUUAAGAGCUGUACAUGCCCCCUUAUCGGCUGAUGUGUUACGUCACCAAUCCUACAAAUCAGUUUAGUAGUAAUUAGUUCGUCAGCGGGCGGAUGGGGAUGAGGAAUCCGGCUCGGUGAGUUGGUAACACAGCGGACCAGAAGGAAGGAUUAUUCCGCCGAACCGGACCGUUUAAUGAAGGGAGCUGUAGUGUAGCGGCGGAUAGGGCAGAGUGCGCAUGCGCAGGGGGCGCAUGCCCGUGUGCGGUUUGAAAGGCUGAACCUUUGGUUACUUCACUUCUGUUUUAGUUCCGUAAUGGGGGUUGUUUCCACACACACACACACCAUGAGGGCACCGGGGAGCGGUUAAUGUCGCUCUUUUUGUAUUGACGAUAAGAAAUUAACUAAAAGGGAAUUCAGAUUCAGUUUAUUUGGAUUAUUAAAAGAAACAGGUUUUAAACCAAAUAAUGGACCCCGUGUUCUUGUGACGUCACGCCUACGGUUUCUAGCCAAUCAGCUUCUCGUGACUGUUACCCGCGUGCGCCCCAUCCUCAGCCAAUCAGCUUCCGCAGAAGGUCGACCCGCGCUCCUGAGGUGGAGUGCAGGUCCUGAGGAGCGCAGUGAGGAACCCUAGGGGACACCAGGACACCUUCUAUCUCUAUUCCGCGUUUGGGUUCCCCGUUGCCGUGUGUGGGCUGUGCGCAUGCGCGUGUUUGUGUCAUGGGAACCCUGAGGAACGGAUGGACCAAGAGAGAGAGCUUCAUCCUUUCUGUGGACGUCGGGACGACCUCCAUCAGGUGCCAUGUUUAUGAUAAACAAGCCAACAUCCGGGGAUCCUGCAGCCGAAAGGUAUCUCUGCUGUACCCUCAGCGAGGCUGGGUGGAGAUGGACCCUGAGGAUCUGUGGCAGAACUUCAUCAGUGUGGUGAAAGGAGCGGUGCACGAUUCAGGUUUACAGAUGAGUCAGAUGGAGGCACUGGGUAUCUCAACUCAGAGAGCCUCCUUCACCACCUGGCACAGGAAGACGGGGAAACCGUUCCAUAACUUGAUUGGAUGGCAGGACCUGCGAGCUGCUGAGAUGGUCAAAUCCUGGAACAACUCAUGCACCAUGAAGGUCAUACAAGGUGUGAUGAGGAUGCUGCACUUCCUCAGCAGACGGAAACGUUUCCUGGCUGCGAGUUUGGUGGUCUUCACACCGCAGCACGUCUCCAUGCGUCUGGCCUGGGCUUUACAGCACAUCCCUCAGUUGCAGCAGGCGGUUGAUGAAGGAACUUGUUGUUUUGGGACCAUUGACACGUGGCUGCUUUAUAAACUCACUAAAGGUUUGGUCCAUGCUACAGAUUAUUCCAACGCCAGCUCAACUGCCAUUUUUGAUUCCUACCAGAUGUGUUGGAGUGGGUUUCUGUGUUCUCUCCUCUCUCUACCUCUCUCCAUUCUCCCCACAGUGUACAACACCAGUCAUAAUUUUGGUUCCUCAGAUCCCGACAUCUUUGGAGUUUCUAUUCCUAUCACUUCAGUUAUGGCGGAUCAGCAGGCGGCCAUGUUUGGUGAGUGCUGCUUUGACACUGGUGAUGUAAAGAUCACCAUGGGAACAGGAACUUUUAUGGACAUCAACACAGGGAACAAACCACACACCUCUGGAGCAGGACUGUAUCCUCUGGUAGGCUGGAAGAUCGGCUCUGAGGUUGUGUAUCUUGCGGAAGGAAAUGCUGCAGAUACAGGAACCGCGAUCAGAUGGGCUCAGGAGAUCGAACUGUUUACAGAUGUAAAGGACACCUCAGCCAUUGCCAGCAGUGUGCAUGAUUCGGACGGAGUGUGUUUCGUUCCUUCUUUCAGCGGUUUGCAGGCACCCUUAAAUGACCCUAAAGCGUGUGCAUCGUUCAUGGGUCUGAAACCCUCCACCACCAAGAGUCACCUGGUCCGCGCUAUUUUAGAGUCCAUUGCCUUCAGGAAUAAGCAGCUGUUUGAUGUGGUGCUUCGGGAAACUCAAAUCCCCAUCACUACAAUCAGGGCAGACGGAGGUGUGUGUAUGAACGACUUCAUCAUGCAGUUAAGUGCAGACCUGCUGGAGUGUAAGAUCUCACGGCCCACACACUUCGACAUGUCGUGUCUCGGGGUGGCGUUCGUAGCCGGGCUGGGAGUCGGUUUCUGGAAGAGUAAAGAGGAGCUGAAGAAGCUGCAGAUGACGGAUCGUCUCUUCAUUCCUCACCGUGUUAAAGGAGGUGGUGGAGGUGGUGGAGGUGGUGUGUAUGAUUCAGUCAUGCAGAGCUGGGAACAGGCCCUGCAGCGCUCCAUGCACUGGUACACACAGACGUCAUGAUGCACACACACACACACACACACACACACACACACACUGUCUCUGUGGCAGGAUGGUCAGAGUUCAGUCGUGUUUUUCUCCCUGAAACUCUUUUAUUACGUUUACAACCUGGCGUGGUGAUGAUGAUGAAGAUGAUGAAGAAGAAAAAGAGCCAUAUUUUACUCUCCUGUGCCUUCAGUGUGACACACCGCUGCCGUAUUACACUUUUAUUCAUGGUGUAUGUUUUAUAGCUUCGUUCAGCCGUGUUUUACUCCCUUACGCUUUUUUACUUUUCCCCAAUAAAUACUAACAAUUUAUUAGGUGUGUGAAGAAAGACAUGAUGCAGGUGAGAUGGUGAGAAGAUAAAAUAUUACAGUCAGAAGGUGAUGAAGUGUGUAGAGUGGAUCCUGAUCCCUGUCAUAAGGAGUUAUUAUAAUUCAUAAGGUGCCACAAGAAGCCAUAAGGUAUCGUAAGGUGUCAUUAGAAGUGUCCCAAGAUUCCACUUAUGAUGUACAAAAGAUCUCAUUUAUAAAGCGCAUUCCAGAUACGGCUCAUUUGCAUGUAGCCACGCCCACUAAACUCCAUAAAAGGUAAAGUACAUGAACCGCAGGAGCACAAAAUGAGCGAUCAGGAUAAAGUCAGAGAAACAGAAGUGGAGCUUAAAAUGACUCGCUUUUAUACUACUACUACUACUAAUAAUAAUCUAUAGCUCUCGAGUUACAUUACUUACAAGUCACUACAUUUCACAUCUUAAAUUCAUUUCUCUUUUAAAUAUAAAAUAAAGCUUUCUACUCAGAAGCAGACAUUCAUUUAAUGUAAUAAAUCAUUUUUAUAAGGAGGCAGAAUGUAAAAAUCUGAUUAUAUAAAACAUUUAUUUUUUCUUUUCUAACAAAUUGAAUUAUAAAACUAUAUAUUUGUAUAUAUUUUUUCUCUGUUUAAAAACUCUUUAAUGUGUAAAUAAUGAAGAAUCACGUGUUGCCGUGUCGCAUCUGUUCUUCACCGACGGCACAAAUCUUCUCUUUUACUUAAAAAAUAAUCACCAGCUUUGAGGGAGUAAUAAAUACACAUCUCUCAGAUUCA